CUACAUAUGGAGGCCCGGUUGGCAGAGAGGAAAUUCAUGAACCCUUUCAACAUGCCUAAUCUUUAUCAGAAGUUGGAGAGUGAUCCCAGGACAAGGGCACUGCUUAGUGAUCCUACCUACCGGGAACUGAUAGAGCAACUAGGAAACAAACCGUCAGACUUGGCCAUGACACUACAAGAUCCCCGGAUCAUAACCACUCUCAGUGUCCUCAUUGGGGUUGAUCUGGGCAGCAUGGAUGAGGAAGAAGAGGCUGCAACACCCCCGCCUCCACCUCCCUGCAAAAAGGAAACCAAGCCAGAGCCAAUGGAAGAAGAUCUCCCAGAGAAUAAGAAGCAGGCACUGAAAGAAAAAGAACUGGGGAAUGAUGCCUACAAGAAGAAAGACUUUGACUCAGCCCUGAAGCACUACGACAGGGCCAAGGAGCUGGACCCCACCAACAUGACUUACAUUACCAAUCAAGCAGUGGUAUACUUUGAAAAGGGCGACUACAAUAAAUGCCGGGAGCUUUGUGAGAAGGCCAUCGAGGUGGGGAGAGAGAACCGAGAAGACUAUCGACAGAUUGCCAAAGCUUAUGCUCGAAUUGGUAACUCCUACUUCAAAGAGGAAGCGUACAAGGACGCUAUCCAUUUCUACAACAAAUCACUGGCAGAGCACCAAAUCCCAGAUGUGAUCAAGAAAUGCCAGCAGGCAGAGAAAAUUCUGAAGGAGCAAGAGCAACUGGUCUACAACAACCUCGACCUGGCAUUGGAGGAGAAGAACAAGGGCAAUGAGUGUUUUCAGAAAGGGGACUAUCCCCAGGCCAUGAAGCACUAUACAGAAGCCAUUAAACGGAAUACACGAGAUGCCAAACUGUACAGUAAUCGAGCUGCCUGCUACACCAAACUCCUGGAGUUUCAGCUGGCACUCAAGGACUGUGAGGAAUGUAUCCAGCUGGAGCCAACUUUCAUCACCAUGAAGGACUACACAAAAGCCAUGGAUGUGUACCAGAAGGCACUGGAACUGGACUCCAGCUGUAAGGAGGCAGCAGAUAGUCAUCAGCGCUGUAUGGUAGCUCAGUACAAUUGGCACGACAGCCCGGAGGAUGUGAAGUGACGGGCCAUGGCCGACCCUGCGGUACAGCAGAUAAUGAGUGACCCAGCCAUGCGGCUCAUCCUGGAACAGGUGCAGAAGGACCUCCAGGCACUCAGUGAACACUUAAAGAAUCCCGUAAUAGCGCAGAAAAUCCAGAAGCUCAUGGAUGUGGGUCUGAUUGCAAUUCGGUGAUGACUUGCUCAUCUCUUCCCUUCACCCUCGUGGAAAGACGAGCUGGGAUGGCAGCAAGCAGCAUGGUGCAGGAGGAGAGGGAGGAAGACAGCCCAUCUUUAUAUUUAUACCUGCCUAUGUGGAAGACACAGACUCAUACAGCCGCUGCCUUGGGCCCUCUGAGCACUCCCAUGGUCUCUCACUGCUGUCCUUGGGUUCCGUGUCUCCUUCCCCUGCCCCCUCAGUCGCUGUCUCCGCUGCUCCCCAUAGUUAGUUAUUUUUUUAUUUGGGGCAGUGAGCAUAUAUGGGGAGGGGAAGGUGUUCUUCCCAACCUGGGGCCCCAGCUGUCUUCACAUUGUUAACUC